UGCUUCCCCUCCAACCCAGACAACGUCUCCCCCAGAGAGACAUGGACUCCUUGGCCUGGCGCCUCCUCGCCCUGGUCCCCGUCCUCCUCAGCCUGGCGGCCUCCCUGGACUGGCAAACUGCCCAGAGCCACGACCCCUUCGAGAAGUGCAUGAGGGACCCCGACCAUGAGCAGCUGCUCAGAGUCGUGACCUUGGGCCUCGGUCGGACCUCGAAGCCCCAGAGGGUGACUGUGGUUGGUGCGGGCGUGGCUGGGUUGCUGGCCGCAAAGGUGCUCAGCGAUGCUGGCCACAAGGUCACCGUCCUGGAGGCAGACAACAGGAUUGGGGGCCGGAUCUUCACCUACCGGGACCAGAAGACCGGCUGGAUUGGGGAGCUGGGAGCCAUGCGCAUGCCCAGCUCGCACAGGAUCCUCCACGAGCUCUGCAAGCGCCUGGGACUCAAUCUGACCAAAUUCACCCAGUACGACAAGAACACGUGGGUGGAGGUGAAUGCGGUGAAGCUGCGGAACUACGUGGUGGAGAAGAUGCCUGAGAAGCUGGGCUACAAGCUGCAUCCCAAGGAGAAGGGCCUCUCGCCCGAAGAAAUCUACCAGAUGGCUCUCAACAGGGCCAUCGAGGAUCUCAGGACGCUGGGCUGCAGAAAGGCAAUGAUGAAGUUUGAAAGGCACACGCUCCUGGAAUACCUCCUCGGGGAGGGGAACCUGAGCCAGCCUGCCGUUCGGCUCCUGGGAGACGUGAUGUCCAAGGACGGCUUCUUCUAUCUCAGCUUUGCCGAGGCCCUGCGGGCUCACAGCUGCCUCAGCGACCGGCUCCGGUACAGCCGCAUCGUGGGCGGCUGGGACCUGUUGCCGCGCGCGCUGCUGAGCUCGCUGUCGGGGCCUGUGCUGCUGAACGCGCCCGUCGUGGCGAUUAAGCAGGGGACGCACGAGGUGAGCGUGCACAUCGAGCCCUCGCGCCGCGCCCGGAAUCUGAAGUCCUUGGCGGCCGACGUGGUGCUGCUGACGGUGAGCGGGCCCGCGCUGCAGCGCAUCACCUUCACGCCGCCGCUGACGCGCAAGCGGCAGGAGGCGGUGCGCGCGCUGCACUACAUGCCGGCCACCAAGGUGUUCCUGAGCUUCCGCCGGCCCUUCUGGCACGACGAGCACAUCGAAGGCGGCCACUCGAGCACCGACCGACCGUCGCGCGUGAUAUUCUACCCGCCGCCUGGCGAGGGCGCGCUGCUGCUCGCCUCGUACACGUGGUCGGACGCGGCCGCCACGUUCGCUGGCCUGAGCCUGUCCGAAGCCCUGCGCUUGGCGCUCGACGACGUGGCGGCGCUUCACGGGCCCAUCGUGUACCGGCUCUGGGACGGCAGCGGCUUCGUCAAGCGCUGGGCGGAGGACCCGCACAGCCAGGGCGGCUUCGUGGUGCAGCCCCCGAUGCUCUGGCGAACUGACAAGGACGAGGGUCAGGAGAACGAUUGGGCGGUCCCCUACGGCCGCAUCUACUUCGCCGGCGAGCACACGGCCUACCCGCACGGCUGGGUGGAGACGGCCGUCAAGUCGGCACUGCGGGCCGCGCUCUUGAUCAACGGCCGGACCAGCAGCUGGAACGACCCCCGGACCAUCAACGACAGCAUGGGGCACGUGCACGUGGCGCCCGCCCACCACCCCCCGCGCAGGCUCGAAAGGGGGCGGGGCACCCACUCUCCAGCCUUACAUGCGGUCACCGCUCCGCACACAACCCCAAAGAGGACCCAAUAUUAA